AAAGAGGUGUCUGUUUGCUGUCAGAACCCGCGGACAAAUAACCAACUGGUUAUUCACCUUCUGGACUUGGCAGCUCUGUUUGGUCGUCGUUGUUGGUCAACCCACUUUAAGCUUCCUCGCCUUGGUCAUCGUCCUCACCACUUUGCUUUUCAGGCCUCAAAACACUCAAACACUUAACUCAACACAACCCAACCCAACUCAAAGGAAGUAGAUCACAACCAAUCUACAAGUUCCUACCUAAACACACCCACAUAAUCAACCCUCUCACAAAUCAGCCAAGAUGCUCAGCUGGUACAAAGCCCAACUGGCGGCGCGCCCCCUCCUAACCCAAGCCGUCACAACCUCCAUCCUCUUCGGCGUCGGCGACGUCGCCGCCCAACAGCUCGUCGACCGUCGGGGGCUGUCCAACCACGACCUGACCCGCACCGGUCGCAUGGUCUUGUACGGCGGCGCCGUCUUCGGGCCCGCCGCCACCACGUGGUUCCGCUUCCUGCAAAAGCGCGUGGUCGUGCCCGGCAGCACCAACAAGACCAUCCUGGCGCGGGUGGCGGCCGACCAGGGACUGUUUGCGCCGACUUUUAUCGGGAUUUUCUUGGGUUCCAUGGCGGUCCUGGAGGGGACGGAUGUGAAGGAGAAGUUGCAAAAGAACUAUUGGGAGGCGUUGAGCACCAAUUGGAUGGUGUGGCCGUUUGUGCAGAUGGUCAACUUUAAGGUGGUGCCGUUGGAUCAUCGCGUGUUGUUUGUGAAUGUGAUUAGUAUCGGGUGGAACUGUUAUUUGAGUUGGUUGAAUGGGCAGUGAGUGAGGGGUGGACUGCAAGGAAGGAAGGAGCAAUGUCUUCUGUGG